GUUACGGUUAGGUAAGGGUUAAAGUUAGGAAUUAAGGGUGAGAGGUUAAGGGCGUCCCAAGGAUUCCUCCUGCCAGUGUUUAGUGCCACGAGCCAAACAACUUGCAGAGAUAGUGUGCUAAGUUUGUCCCCGCUGGCUUCCCAUCAAACUACCAGACUGACGGCUUUGUUUCCAUUGAUAAACUAAAAAGAUAGUUGUAUUAGGUCGAGACGCCUGGAAUAGGUUUGCGAGACGUAUCGGAGACUAUGGCGAACAUGAAAGGAUAACUGCGGAUAAAGUGUCUGGAAAAUAAGGAACUUCGACAGAAUCUCAAAGUUUAUACUUCACUGUCAUGUUUAUUGUUGAAUGCGCUUUUGUGUGCGCGAAAAAACGAUAUUCAGGGCUGCGGAUACAGGGUCUUGCUGUACUGAUACUGCUGUGGGCAGCACUGAGGACAAUGAGACUGUGACUGGCCUCCUGCAGCCAUGACAGAGCUGGAGAUUGACCAGUCCCACCUGCCACGGGUCCAGGAAGUGUGCCAUGUUUUUGCUGUCCUAGAGGAUGGAGCGUUGGCACACAACCUACAGGAACAGGAAAUUGAGCAGUACUACACUACCAACAUGCAGAAGAACCAGCUGGUGCAGAAUGAUAUCCGCAUUGCCAAGAGGCUGCAGAAUGAGGAGGAGGAACAGAGAGCUCAACACAGAGCCCUCCUGAGCCAGGCAUCUAGACAACUUCAGGAGGAGGACUCUGAGUACGCCAGGAUGAUCCAGGAGGAGAUCUUGAGAUGUGCUGAUGAGGAGGCUCAGAGAAGGGAGCAGGAGGACGAGGAAAUGGCUAAACGCAUCCAGGAAGAGGAGGGGCUGAGGGUCAGAGAGAGGAGUAGGCAGGAGAGCCUCAGUGACGACAGUGCCAGCGUCCCUGCCUCGCCUUGCCCACACCAGCCUGCUCUCAGCACCAGCCCCAUACAUGGAGAAGAGCUGCACCAUCAACCUGCUACCAGCAGGUGGCAGGGUUCUAUCUCUAACACACAGCCACAGUCAGACUCUACAGUUGCGCCUCUGUCUGAGCCCUACAGGACAGCAGGACAGAAUAACAGAACUCUAUUAUCACAUGAUAGACACAUGGAUCCCCGUAGACGCAUCAGAAAUGACCUCCAAUGCCCUCCACCUGACUAUCUGAGUGAUGAAGGCUCAGAGCACACAGACACUGUUUUCCCUGAACACCUCCCUCCAUCCCGGCCGUGUAGACAGGAGAAACGUCUCAACAAUGCCCCUAGUGGUUACAGGACUCCUGUGCACCAGCCACAAGAGAGAAGCAGCGGGAGUCUCAGCCGCCAUAACCGCUUCAGAGAGGACCAUAGCAAGGUUUGGGAGAGGGGCAGAGGAGAGAGGGAAGAAAGGGGGAGUCUGCAGGGCAGGGAUGGGAUUUGGGACAGGAAUCCCAGGGUAGCUCGUGAUUGGGGUUAUGACAGGGACCCCAGGUCAGAGGAUGGCAGGGAGCGGCACUACAGAGGAAGAACUAGUGACCCUGCCAGAAGGGUGCAGGAUAGAGACCGAGAUGAGGUCAGAAGGAGCUGGACCCACAGAGAGGCCAGCGACAAGAAACAAGUCCGCUUCCAGGACGACACCAGCAGACGCUGUCAUAGUUACCAUGGCGACAGCAGGCGGGCAGGAAAUGUCUGGGAGCUGAUUGCCCAUGACUUAAGAGAGCGGGGUGUGGCCUUGAGGCAAAGCUUCAACGGGGGGUCACGGUCACAGCGGGCAAGGGGUAAGGGCAGAGACAGCCAGGUGCAUGAUGGGGGAAAUACCAUCGCCUGUAACAACUCUCAACCACAGAGGGCUUUUCAAAUGGCCAUCUGCAACAGGCCCAGUUACCAUGGAGAUGUCAGGGAAAGGAGUGCCUCACAAAGAGAAAGCCUCUGUCACCGUGGUCAUGAAGGGGAGAGAGAAAAAAUCCAUGAAAACCUGACCAUAGAGGAGGCUAGUGGGACUGAGGUCUAUGAUGAACACUGUAGAGAUGAUAGGCUGUUCAGUAGAGAGGGGAGGAGUAGUGGGACUGAGGUCUAUGAUGAACACUGUAGAGAUGAUAGGCUGUUCAGCAGAGAGAGAGAGGGGAGGAGUAGUGGAGACCCCAGAAACAAGGUCAGCUCAGGUGGGGACCAGGCGAGGGAGGAGGGCAGGGGCGACAGGCACUACCAUAGCGAGUGCAGGGUGAAGAGUGAGAGUGAACACCAGCAUGAGGAGGAUAAGCAGUACCACUCCGAGGAGGAGGAGAGACCCCCACCCUCACAGAAAGUCUCCCAGCGCAGCCAAAGCUUCUGCAGCAGAGGGCCCUCCAUCAGGGCCAGAUCCAAGCACACCCACAGAGCAGGAGCCGCACUGCAGCCGGAGAAAGGGGCGUGUCUGGACCUGGGGGAGCUGCAGCAGGUGCUGCUGGAUGAGGAGCUGGCCAGGAGGCUGCAGGAGGAGGAGAAGCUGCUGAGGAGGAGCCUUCCAGCCCGUCCCUCCCACUAUCAAUGCGAUUCCUAUCCAGCGGGAGACUUCAGAGUGGCACAAGUGGCCCAGGAUGAGGAAAUCGCCCGCUUCAUGCAGAAGCAGGAAAUGAAGUCAAAGCGUUGUUCACGUGACCUUGAUGGCCCGGAGUCACAGCGUGAACCGCAUGACCUGGCUGACCCCUAUGACAGGAGAACUGCCGGAGAGAGACGGAUGCAGCGGGUGAGACUGGGCUCAGAUGACCUUCCAUCUCGUACUGAAGACUGCUCUCCUGACUAUCAGGCCCCUAGACCCACAACCCAAUCACAACAGCCAAUCAGAAUCAGAAACAUUGCAGAGGAACUGGACCCAACUUUCAAGGCCAGUAGACAAGGCAAGGAGGGCAUCAGAGCAGGACCGACAAUCUCUGGCACAUCCUCCUGCCAGUCUCAUCCCACUCCUCACUCCGGCUUCCAUGAUUUUAUGGAGGAGCCAGCGUUCAUCCCGCCCACCAAGAGGCAAAGCAACAAAUCUGUAUGCGCCAAAUCCAAAGAGAAGAAGGAGAACUGUAAGCAGCAGUGAUGUCAGUCUGAGACCAUGGGCCCAGGAGUAUAACCUCACAUUACUUUACCUGACUGCAAGAGGAUUUAAAGAAUUAUAUUUAGUUAUCCCAACUAGCACUUUAACCAGUUUAAAAAAAAUUUGGAUUUUGUUUUUGUUAAAAGGACUGGUCCAGAUACUUUAUUUUCACGUUUAAGUAGUGAGUGCAUACAUUUUUGUACUUUUUCUUACUGGGUUCAUAUAACUCAAUACUAUUCAAAGGGAAGAAUUAUACACUGAACAAAAAUAUAAAUGCAACGUGAAGUGUUGGUUUCAUGAGCUGAAAUAAAAGAUCUCAGAAAUGUUC